AUGACCGUUAAACUCAUCUUUGAUAUAUAUAAUUCAGGUAGAUCUCCCCCAUCAAAAAACAUUGAUCCUUCAAACCUCAAUGAACAAACUCCUAUUCCAUCGACAAUAAAAUACCUAGAUUUAAUCAUUGAUAAACCAACAUCACUUCACUUUAUUCCAUCAUCAGUAGAAUAUCUCACACUAUCAUCUUAUAACCAUCCAACAUUUCCAAAAGAAAUCCCACCAACUGUAAAAUGUUUAUCGAUGCCUUAUUUUAAUCAUCCAAUAUCUAUUGAUUCAAUUCCUCGUACACUUAAAGCCCUCGUCCUUGACUCACAUAAUCAUCCAAUUAUAAAAAACUCAAUACCUGAAUCAAUCAAGGUUCUUCAUCUGCUCUCAUAUACACAUGAUUUCGAAGAAUCAUCUAUUCCAGACUCAGUGAAAGUUCUUUUUCUGUGUGAUAAUUUUAAUCUUUUAGAAUAUGGGGAAUCAAUUCCUUCAUCAAUAAAAAUCUUUAAAUGA